AUGGCUUGCACAAAAGCUCCGAUAUUACAUUACUUGGACAACAGACGAAAGGUGCACAAGGAUGCAAUAAACAUUUGUCAGAACAUAUUGCACCACAAGCCUGUUGAGUGGAAAUCCAUAGUACGCAACAAUCUAUCACAGCCCAUCCGUGAUGUGGACCUUGUUGUUACAGUUGGUGGUGAUGGCACUCUGUUACAAGGUAGCCAUUUCAUUGAUGACUCGGUUCCAGUUCUAGGAGUGAAUUCUGACCCCACACAACCUGAAGAGGUUGAGAAGCUCAGUAAUGAAAUUGAUGCUAAUAGAAGCACAGGCUAUCUUUGCGGUGCAACUGUCAACAACUUUGAACAGGUACUGGACAGUAUCCUCAGGGAUCGAGCUAUUCCUUCCAAAUUGACAAGGAUAUCCGUAUCCGUAAACUCACAACCGCUUUCAACUUAUGCUCUUAAUGAUAUUUUAAUUGCACAUCCAUGUCCAGCAGCACUUUCACGGUUCUCAUUCAAAAUUAAAGGGGACGACCAGCCAUGCGCCCCCUUAGCGCACUCUCGAUCAAGUGGUCUCAGAGUUUCAACAGCUGCUGGAUCAACAGCUGCAAUGCUCUCAGCAGGUGGGUUUCUGAUGCCCAUAUUAUCCCAGGAUCUCCAGUAUAUGGUAAGAGAGCCCAUCUCACCAGGAGCGGCCUCAAGCUUAAUGCACGGGUUAAUCAAAUCUCAUCAGUCCAUGGAAGCUACAUGGUUUGGUAAAAAGGGGAUCAUAUAUAUUGAUGGUUCUCAUGUUUCCUAUACUAUAAAAAAUGGGGAUGCCAUUGAGAUAUCUUCCAAGGCCCCAAUUUUGAAGGUUUUCUUGCCUCACCAUUUACAGAACAUUAGUGAAGAAACGUGA